AUGACGUGGACAUUUUUAGAAUCGGCCUUACUGGUGGUAGCAUCUUUACACUUAAUUAAAGCUCCAUAUACUAAAGUUGAAGAAAGUUUUAACCUCCAAGCUAUCCAUGAUAUAAUUAACUACGGUAUAUCUGAUAUAUCUAGGUAUGAUCAUCUACAAUUUCCAGGUGCUGUUCCAAGAACUUUUAUUGGCGCCUUAAUUGUUUCCUCAUUUCUAAAACCAUUCCUUUGGGUCUCAAGUCUAUGGAACGGAUCAGAUGCUCUCCCAACUCAGUUGGAAACUCAGUUGUUAGCUAGGGGUGUUAUUGGCCUUAUAAACUGUCUUUCUAUAAUAUAUUUGAAAGAACAAUAUCAAGCAUUAGUCGAUAGAGAAUCUGGUGCCGCAGAGGAUAAAGAAGGUAACAAGAUUAAUACACAUAUUAAGAACGAUUUUUCUUUCACAAGUGCCGGUAACUGGUUUUUAUUGUUUUUCAUGUCUAGUUUUCAUAUGAUGUUCUAUUGCUCUAGACCAUUGCCUAAUUUCGUUAUUGCCUUUAGUUUAACUAAUUUGGCUUUGGCUAUGGUAUUAAAGAGUAAAUAUGAAUGGUCUAUUUGUAUCCUUGCAUUUGCGUCUGUUGUAUUCAGACUAGAAAUUGCUGCAUUAGGCGUAGGUAUUACAUUGUGUUGUGUCUAUUUCAAAAAAGUAUCUAUCUUAAAAACUGCCAAAUUCGGUGUAAUGGGUCUAUCAUUAGGUAUAAGUUUAUCUCUAUUUAUUGAUUCAUAUUUCUGGCAAAAUUGGGGGAUCCCUGAAAUUGAUUCCUUUAUAUUUAAUGUUGUUGAAGGAAACUCAUCUAAUUGGGGUACUGAAUCUUUCUUUGCAUAUUUUAACAAAUAUAUUCCAAUGUUAUUUUUACCACCUACAGCAUUAAUAUUAAACUAUACAGCAUUGAAAUUUGCUCCAACUGAUUUAAAGAUUGUUGCAUUCGCUAGUUAUUUUCACAUUAUAAUUUUAUCAUUACAACCACAUAAAGAAUGGAGAUUUAUCGUUUACUCAGUACCAUCAAUUAUGUUAUUAGGGUCCUUAUCAGCUGCUUAUUUAUGGGAAAAUGUUAAAGUUGAAAAUUUCAUGAAUGCUUUGUAUUUGUUUUCGUUGCCUGCUACACCAUUACUCUCUUUUGCUUUAUCAAUGAUGUUCUUAUAUAUUUCUCGUAUGAAUUACCCAGGUGGUGAUGCGUUGUUUUCUUUUAACAACUACAUUAUCAACCAAAACGUGACAAAUGCUACAGUGCAUAUCAGUGUACCUCCUUGUAUGACCGGUGUCUCCUUAUUUGGGGAACUAGAUUAUGAUAGAUACGGUAUCAAAUACGAUAGAACUGAGAACAUCCAAUCCCUAACAUCCUUAUGGAACACUUUUGACUAUGCAAUCUUAUUGGAGCCUUCAAUGGAUUCAUUGCAUUUGGAAACAGCUAAUGAUAAGGAUUGGGAGGUUAUCCAAACUACUCAGAUGUUUAUGGGCUUGAAUUAUACUUAUAUCAAUGACUUAUUCUUCAAUGAAGAAAGAAAUAUUCCAGAGAUAUUUAGAGUAGCUUUCACAAAUAGAACAUUCGGUCCAUUCUUUACCGAUUUAGUAGAAAAUUCUAUUGUAAAAUCAGAUAUUUUCUACACUUACAAGAGAAUAAAUAAGGAUUAA